AUGGCGGCAGUGGUGACCCAGCAGCAUAAAGUAUUCUUAGCUGAUCAGCCCAAUAAAUUCAAUAAUCAUGAUGGGCAGUUUGCUGUAGUGAAAAAAUGCCGUGAGAAAAGCACUGGCCAGCAGUUUGCAGCAAAAUUCAUCAAGAAACGAAGAACGAAAUCCAGCCGGCGCGGAGUGAGCCGGGAAGAUAUCGAGCGAGAAGUCUGCAUACUAAAAGAGAUUCGACAUCCUAAUGUGAUCACCCUGCAUGAUGUUUAUGAGAACAAAACAGAUGUCAUUCUUAUUCUGGAACUUGUUGCAGGUGGAGAGCUCUUUGACUUCUUAGCUGAGAAAGAAUCUCUCACGGAGGAGGAAGCCACAGAAUUUCUCAAACAGAUACUUAAUGGUGUUCAGUAUCUCCACUCUCUGCAAAUUGCCCACUUUGAUCUUAAGCCUGAAAACAUAAUGUUGUUGGACAGGAAUGUACCAAAGCCUCGAAUCAAGAUUAUUGAUUUUGGUUUAGCACACAAAAUUGACUUUGGAAAUGAAUUCAAAAAUAUCUUCGGAACGCCAGAGUUUGUUGCUCCUGAAAUAGUAAAUUAUGAGCCUCUUGGUCUUGAAGCAGAUAUGUGGAGCAUUGGUGUAAUAACUUAUAUUCUACUAAGUGGUGCAUCACCAUUUCUUGGAGAAACCAAACAGGAAACAUUAGCAAAUGUGUCUGCUGUGAAUUAUGAAUUUGAAGAAGAGUUCUUCAGUAAUACCAGUGCCCUAGCUAAAGAUUUUAUACAAAGACUUCUAGUAAAGGAUCCAAAGAAGAGAAUGACUAUUCAAGAUAGUUUGCUGCAUCCUUGGAUCAAGCCUAAAGACACCCAGCAAGCACUUAGUAGAAAAGCAUCUGCAGUGAAUAUGGAGAAAUUCAAAAAGUUUGCAGCACGAAGAAAAUGGAAACAAUCGGUGCGCUUAAUAUCCUUGUGCCAAAGAUUAUCGAGAUCUUUCUUGUCCAGAAGUAACAUGAGUGUCGCUAGAAGUGAUGAUACUCUGGAUGAGGAAGAUUCUUUUGUAAUGAAAGCUAUUAUUCAUGCCAUCAAUGAUGACAAUUUUCCUGGAUUACAGCACCUUCUGGGAUCUCUGACAAAUUACGAUGUCAAUCAACCCAACAAGCAUGGAACACCUCCGCUACUGAUUGCUGCUGGCUGUGGAAACAUUCAGAUGCUUCAGUUGCUUUUAAAGCACGGAUCCCGUAUUGAUGUUCAAGACAAGGCUGGAUCCAAUGCAAUCUAUUGGGCUUCUCGACAUGGUCAUGUAGAAACACUGAAAUUUCUUGACGAUAAUAAAUGUCCUUUGGAUGUUAAGGAUAAGUCUGGGGAGACCUCUCUCCAUGUCGCAGCUCGGUAUGGGCAUGUGGAUGUGGUUCAGUUUCUGUGUAGCAUUGGAUCCAAUCCAAACUUUCAAGAUAAGGAGGAAGAAACCCCACUGCAUUGUGCUGCUUGGCAUGGCUACUACUCUGUUGCCAGAGCACUCUGUGAAGCAGGUUGCAAUGUGAACAUUAAAAACAAAGAGGGGGAGACUCCGCUUCUGACAGCAUCUGCUAGAGGUUACCAUGAUAUUGUGGAAUGCCUGGCAGAACAUGGGGCUGAUCUUCAUGCAACAGACAAGGAUGGUCAUAUAGCCUUACACCUUGCUGUGAGAAGAUGUCAAAUAGAAGUAGUUAAAACUCUUAUCAGUCAAGGAUGUUUUGUAGAUUUCCAAGACAGACAUGGCAACACUCCCCUGCAUGUGGCCUGCAAAGAUGGGAAUGUUCCAAUUGUGAUGGCACUCUGUGAAGCGAGUUGUAAUUUGGAUGUCACUAAUAAGUAUGGAAGAACACCUUUACAUCUGGCAGCAAACAAUGGCAUUCUUGAUGUUGUCCGGUUCCUGUGUCUUACUGGUGCCAAUGUAGAAGCUUUAACUUCUGAUGGGAAAACAGCAGAAGAUCUUGCCAGAGCAGAGCAGCAUGAACAUAUAGCCAGUCUGCUUGCAAGACUUAAAAAG